AAUCACCAUCAGAUUCAAUUCUAAGCACAAAUCUUGAAGAAAUGCAGUGGGUUGUGCAAAUCAAUGAGCUUCUCCAACGAAAUGAUUUUCAUACAGCUUUUGAAACUCCAACUUCAAUCUUUCAGGUGCCAGAUUGUAUUCGAAACGACAGUCCAGAGGCUUUCACUCCUCGUCGCAUUUCCUUGGGGCCUUAUCACCAUUUUCGCCCAGAGCUGCUCAAGUUGGAGCUCUACAAGCUCCUUGUAGCAAAGAAGGUGAAACACCAAAUCCAACUUCCUGAGUUUCACCAACUUGUCAGUGACACACUCAAGCCAUUGGAGCUCCAAAUCCGAGCAUGUUUCGACAAAUAUUUAGAAGUGGGAUGCGAGAGUUUGAGUUGGAUGAUGCUCAUCGAUGCCUUGUUCUUGAUUCGCUUGCUUCAUAUCUUUGCUGAAGUGGAAGUAAAGCGUGAUUUAAACAGUAAACUCUCAUGGCCUGAGCUUGAUGUUGAACACCAACAAUUGUACCUCAAUCACGAAGCAAGUUCAAUGGGUCGAGAUGAGAUUAUCUGCGAUGCUUUGAUGGUGGAGAAUCAAAUUCCGUUUCGUGUCCUCAAAGGAAUUUUAGUAGGAAACGAAAUCAUCAAUGAUUUGCCUGUCCAACUUUACAAAUUUUGCGUUUUGGUUUCGCCAUUUGGCUUACCGUCCCAUCGUUCCUUGUUCUUUAAUAGAGGCAGCCGUUUUCCUAACCUUCCUCAAACUUUCGAGCAGUCUCACCAUUUGUUACAAUUUUUAUACCUCUUCAUUUUGAAUCAGAGAGAAAUAGAAAUGAUCAGAGAGAACGCCGGUGAUGCCUUUAUAGGUUUCCUGUGUCUUUGCUGCGAGAUAUUGGGGUCACUCCUGCAGAUGUGCAUAGAAGGAGUAUUUAAAGAAUCCAAUGACUUAAUCCAAUCCUUGUUUACAAUACUUAAGACAUUAGUUCAACCAUCGUCACUCCAAGAUGACCUUUCUAUCAUCCCUUCAGCCUCGAGAUUGAAGAAACUUGGAGUGAAAUUUGAGCCAUCAUAUAGCCUUCGAGGGAUUACAUUUAGCAAGGAAAAAACUUCUCUUCGCUUGCCUACCAUCACAUUAGAUUCCAACUCCCAAGUAAUAUUGAGAAAUCUAGUAGCAUUUGAAGUCAUUGCCAAGCUGAGCCCACCAUGUUUAUCACAGUAUGCAGCCAUCAUGAAUGGAUUAAUAGAAACUACGAAUGAUGUCAAAAUUCUCACGAAAGCUAACAUUAUCAUUAAUCAUCUAGAGAGUGAUGAAGAAGUUGUGAAGUUGUUUGAUGGGUUUCCCAAGAGCGAAUCAUCACAGACCGAGUCUAGUUCUGAAUCAUCAAGCAUGGUAGAUAUGGAUGAAAUUAUUGAAAAACUAAACAAAUAUUACGAGAGCAAAUGGAGGAUUAAGGUGGCAAAGUUUGUAAAGAAAUACGUAUCUCCGACGGCCAAGAUCCUUGCUAUUCUUGUUGUCGUGUUGCUUAUAAUUUUUGUGAUUGCACGCAUAUUUUGUGGAUUAUUGUUUAGUCAUUGUCCUAGGGUUUUGAAAUCGUAAAAGAUGUGUGUUUUUGAGU